UUGAGGGGGGCAGAAUAACAACAUAGAGACAUAAAGUUAACUUUUUUAGUCUCUCCCUACUACACUACACACUAGCCAUGUAGACAAAAUUGUCUGCACUACUACUAGUCUACUACUACUAUGACCAUUUUCAAGAUCGCUUUUUUUUUUUUUUUUACAGUGAAGAAUGGAAGAAGAAGGAAAAACUGUUGAGUGACAGUAAAACUAUGAAUAGAAAAGAAAGAAAAGAAACAUUAACGGUUUGAAUUUGGGGUUUUUGAAGUAAGAAAAAAUAAACAUAUGGAGUUGGAGGAGAGAGAAAAAGAAGGGCAGGAAAAGCAGGAAUUUCUGGGAUUAAAGUUACAACGCGGAAGAUUAGUGGGGAAAAGCAGAGGAGGGGUUUGUACUCCACCACCCACCUGGAAAUUUGAGCCACAUUUUCAAAAACAUCAACAACAACAACAACAACAACAAGAAAAAACACAUCUUUGUGAUAGUAUUGUUGACAACAAGAAUAAUAAUUGUGGAGGAAGUUCAUCAGUUACAGCUAGACAAUUGGGUGCAAAUUUGUGGGAAGUUUUACCCCACAUUAAUUCUCUUGCUAAAAUGAGCCGUCAUCACAAAGUUAGUGGUGGGGGUUUUCAGAAAAAUAAGGGUUUGCAGAUUCAGACCGUUGUGGAGGACCCACCUGAUAGUGUUUCAGAUGAUCAGCCUUUAAGUACGGGAAGCUUCCACCGGCAGAUAGCAGCAUCAGUUUUACGACACCAUCGAAUUGUUAACAGGAAUGGUCGUGAGGUACAACCGGUAUCUCCUGCAAGUUACAGCAGUACUUUGGAGGUAACACCAUACAACCCUGCUGAUACUCCUAGUAGUUCUCUGGAAUUCAAAGGUAGAAUGGGUGAUCCAAAUUACAGCCUUAAAACAUCCACAGAGUUGCUCAAAGUUCUCAAUCGCAUUUGGUCCCUUGAGGAGCAGCACAAAUCAAAUGUGUCACUCAUGAAGGCCCUGAAAACAGAGUUAAGCAAUGCUCGAACAAAACUUAAAGACCUGCUACGUGAGAAACAAAAGGACAGGCAGGUAAUUGAAGAUCUGAUGAAGCAAGUUGCAGAACAUAAACAUGUCAAAAGGAACAUGGAGCAAGAUCGGAUACAGUCUGCAUUGCAAUCGGUGAGGCAAGAAUUAGAAGACGAGAGAAAACUAAGAAAGCGGUCGGAGAGUUUGCAUCGCAAGAUGGCCAGAGAGAUUUAUGAUAUGAAAUCUUCCUUCUCUAAGGCUUUGAAUGAACUAGAAAGAGAGAGAAGAGCAAGAAUUCUCCUGGAGGACUUAAGUGAUGAAUUUGCGAUGGGAAUAAGAGACUAUGAGCAGGAACUUAGGUCUCAGAAAUGCAGGGGCGAGAAGGAACAGGUUCAGAGAGGAAAUGCUGAUAGCUUGGUCCUCCAAAUUUCGGAGGCUUGGUUGGAUGAACGGGUACAAAUGAAGCUAGCAGAAGAAAUGCGGAAGGAUAUGGGAGAAAAGUGGAUGAUUGUGGAUAAGCUUAGGCCUGAAAUAGAAACUUUUUUAAAAGCUAGGCAAACUUUGGAUUCAAUAGAAGAUGUUGACUUGCAUGACAAAAUUUCCAAGGGUAAUGGCUUUCGCCGCCAGUCAUUAGAGUCCUUCCCGUUGAAUGAGGCUACAAGUGCUCCUCAAAAUGUUGAUGAUGAGGAUGAUGAUGACUCUAUUGAUAGUGAAUCAAAUUGUUUCGAAUUGACAAAGAAUUUUGGUGGAGAGUAUUCGAAUGGUGUACACACAAAAAAUGAAGAAACAGAAAAGAGUGAUAUUGCAAAGAGGAAGAUUGAAGGCCAUAUAAGUAAUGGCCGUUGUUUAUCAAGUUUGCAAGCACGAUUUGAAAAACGUAUGUCUCGAAUGACCUUAAGUAAUGGACAUACCCAGGACACUAACCAAGAGGCUAAAACAGAGGAAGGUUUACUGGAUAGGAGGAGUAAACGAUUUGGAAACCGGGGAGGGAACUCAAAUCGUAUACUCGAUAAUCUGUUGAGGACUAACUCAUCAUCGGUAGAGGGGGAGAGAAUUUACCCCGAGAGUGAGUUGCCAGAUGGUCAUUUCUUGUUAGCAGAUCUUGCUAGUCCGGUGAAGAACUGGGAGUCUAAGAUACUUUCACAAGACCAUGAGAUCUCCGAGUCUUCUUCAAAAUGGGCUAGAAAUUGCAAGGAGAACACACUAAAGGCUAGGCUUCUAGAAGCAAGGUUGGAGGGUCGAAACAUUCAAUCCAAGGGUUCCAAAGGUGCACUAUAACAAACUAACAAAGCAAGCUUCUGUCAUCAUCUUUCUUCAUGAAUGCUGGUAGAUGAUGAUUGUUGAGAUCAAAAUUUGUAAUAUUUGGGCCACUGAGAUGCAGAAUAACAGCCAUUGAUUAUAUUCAUCUGGGGUUUCUGCAUUUGAAAUACAACUUGGAAGUAGACUAACAGAAGCAUGUGCAAAUCUGGCAAGAAUAGCUUCAGACAACGCGUACCUGUCUUUUCUUUGUUAGCUGGCCUGAGUAAAGACACGGGAUAAAACUAUGUAUCUGGCCCGGAGUUGUUAAAGUAAGAACGGUUGUCAUGCUAUUGUAACAAUUUUGGUGGGUGAAGAGAGACUUUGAUUUGGAUACAACCUUGAAUGCAGCUGAAGUACUGAACAGUCAUUUGCUAUCACUAGGGUGUUCUGCAAUGAACUUUUAAAAGAUACAGCUGAUGCGUUUGGGUGAAGUGGUGACUUAUUUUUCAAAAACAACGCUUAAGGAGCUUAUUCUUUGCAUAAUUUGGUAGGGAUCUUUCAACUAUUCCAUGUAAUGUUAAUGAGGUUUUGGUGUAGUUAUUAUCUCAAGACUGAGGUUCUGUAAAUGUACCAUGUUAAUGUUCCAAUAUAUAUAUCCUUUUCCUUUGUUGUA